AUGGCAGAGUCCAGCGCCUCGCUUUUGCCAUGGGCCGGAGUGGACGGGAGCUCACGGCCUAGCCGAAGCAGAGGCUCUUCCUCCGAGCCACAAUCAGCCGACUUGGAGGGACGAGGAAACGGCUGCAAUCGGCCCGCCGUCGGAGCGAUUCUCCGGAUCUUUGCUGGAGACUGCAGUGAAAGCGGAGUCGAAAGCAUCUCCGAUCCACUCGGAGGCUCGAGGAGGCCAUCGAUGCGUCACGUGGAGUUGGCAGAGGAGGCGCGCCGAAGGACUGAAGAAGGUCGAGGAGGCGUCCCGAUUCGGCAGUGGAUGCAAGCCGAGAGAUAUCGGGAUCAUCUCUUCUCCUUGUCGCAGGCCGGCCGAGACAAGACUGUCAGCGACGUGAUGCGAGGCUUGUUUUGCCAGGACGCAGGUGACAAGAAGAUUCUGGAGAUAAUGCGGGACGUUUUCGACCAGGAGCUGCCAUGGCCUUGGGUUGUGCAAAAGAGGCCCAAGGAGGGAGGGUACCGCUUCGUGAAUGAGCAGUGCAUCCCUGCCGUCUGGAGCUGGUAUCACCCAAUGCAAGAGCUGCAUCGUCGCCUGGUGCAGCUGCUGAAGGAGGCCUUUGAUGGCGAGUGCUGGAACUACUCGAGGACGAGGUCAUCCUUGGAGAGUCUCGUCGCUGAGCUCCUAAACGGUGAGAUCCCGGGUCUGAAAGAGGUCGGUACCUGGUACAAGACGCCACAAGGAUGCUACGCUCCGGCGUCGGCGCGUCCGUCCUAUCUCCGCAAGGACGACCCACGCUUGGAGGCCGCUUCGACCCUGGGCCUCGCGCUGAGAGCCUGCCAGAUUGUCAGCCGCCAGGUGCUGCAGGAGGACCUGCCGUUGCAAGAUGUUUGGCUGCUUGCAGCCCCUGUUGCCGAGCGUGUGCUCAUGUCAGCACCCGGCAGGCCUUGCACCUGGGAUGAUAUGGCCGCCCAGCACGACGAGAUCCAGUCACAGGAGCUCGCGCCCGCGAGGGCCGUGGAGGCUGGUUGGGCCUCCAGCCGACCCCUUCCUGCGCCAAUUUCCCCACCCCUGGAGCCGAUCGUCACGGAAGCAGAGGCUGGUUGGGCCUCCAGAAGCCCCAUUCCCGGGCAGAUGCCCCCAGCAGCGGAGCCAGUAGCGACGGAUGGAAAGUCCUUGACCGCUGCGGAGCCGGUCGCAACAGAGGCCAAGGUGCGAAGCAGGUUGGAGCCUUCUGCAGCGCCCGAGUCAGCCGAGUCGGUGAAAGAGAUAUGCACCCUCCUUCGCGCGACCAUGGAGGCCUUCUCCGGCUUGGCUGAGAAGCUGAGCCCGCCGGAGGAUCCCGGACGGGCGAAGAGCCCCGGGCCGGCGAAGAGCCCUGGGCCGGCGAAGAGUCCCGGAGCCAGUCCUGGACCGGCGAAGAGCCCCGUCUUCGCAACCAUCUGUGCACGGACCCGCUUCGGCGACGAAGUGACGGUGCCGCCUGCACGGCGCCGCGUGUCCUUGCCUGGUCCGCCGCACGGCAGCCCGCCCAUGGAUAGCGGUGCACGCCUGAGGGCUCAGGCCAGAGAGGAAGCCAAGGCAGAGCUGGAGAAGCUGUCCCGCACAGCGCCUUCGCCGCCCUCGAGCUGCUUUCCUAGCCUGAAGCUGCCCGAGCCCGGUGGGCCACAACCGCAGCUCAAGAAGGACCGACUGCGAGAGCCUCCACAGAUGUCGGGAGUCCAGAGCCUCGGGCUUAGCCCCGAGCUUGGCCGUGGGACAACGGCCUGGGCUGCGGAGGGAAACUCGGUGAUCGCCUCUCGCGACUUUACGAGCCGACCCCGUGAGCCCAACGCACCUCAGGUUUUGCAGGUCCUCCACGAGGAGGCUCCUCUGGGUCCGUUGGUCCGUGUCGAGGUUUUCCAACCAGCAGCGGCGAGGGUGAUCUCUGCGCCGGGUCCUUCGCAGCCGCCACCAUUCGAUGGUCCCGACAGUCCCGGACCACCGGGUGCCAACGAGGGAUCCCGUCCGGCGUCGAAGUCCGGAGACCGUCCCAGCGGCGACGGCAAGGGCGACUCACCACCGUCCGCUGGUCCAGGGCCUGAGGCCGGCGACCGGCCCGGCGACUCGCCUCCGUCGGAUUCUCCUGUGCCCGGGGCAAAGAUACCUGGGCUGAAAGCUCCACAAGAGAGCAGAGAAGAUGCCCCAGCGGUGGAGGAAGCGCGGCCUCAGCCCGUGUCCCGUCCCCGUCCGUCACCGGAACCCGGUGACCGGCCAUGCGGCCACCCGGGCAAUGGUAAGGGCGACUCACCACCGAAAGGCGGUCCCGGGCUCAUCGCAGCUGGGCCGCAGGCAACGAAGCCCGGGCCGAAAGCUCCAUGCGAGAGAGCGGAUGGCCCACCAGCCGCGGAGGAGCCAGCUUCCGUGAGCGAGAAGCCCGCCGCCUCAGUUGCAGGCACUGCUGUGAUCUUGCAGCCCAGUGCUGUGGACGUCCUCGCAUCUAGCCCCAAGGCGAAAGUCAAGCUCCGCAUCCAGGCAGCUGACAUGGCCAGCGGAAGUCCCACGGUCGUCAGCGAGGGCUCUGCUGCCGGUUUGGCGCCUGGAGCUUGCAUGGAAGCCUGGCCCAAUGCUGGAGGCAUGUCUAAAGCCGAGACGCCCGCAUCAGCGCUGGAUGAGCCGAGACAUGCAGGAGGCUCCCUUCCGGUGUGCAGCCCUUCGUCGCAGGCCUUCGACGUCAAGGCGGAGGUGCGCCGGGAGGUGGAUUCACAACGGGCAGAGCUCCUCAUGGAGACAACGAGGUCUGUGGACAAGACCGUCCAGGAGGAGGUCAGACGCUCGCAGCUUCAGGCGCUGGAGGAGCAGAGAGAGCGUGACGAGCAGGUCGCCAAAGCACGAGAGGCUGACUGGGAAGUACCAGAGCGUACUUAG